AUUUUCUCUUCAAUUCAACAGGGCAUAGAAACAACCAUAUAGAUCCAAUAUGAAGUUAAACAUCUCUUACCCAGCCAACGGUACUCAAAAGUGUAUCGAAAUUGAUGAUGAACACAAGUUACGUGUCUUCUACGAAAAGAGAAUGGGCCAAGAAGUCAAGGGUGACUCUGUUGGUGACGAAUUCAAGGGUUACAUCUUCAAGAUUACCGGUGGUAACGACAAGCAAGGUUUCCCAAUGAAGCAAGGUGUCUUGCACCCAACCAGAGUUAAGUUAUUAUUAGCCAAGGGUCACUCUUGUUACAGACCAAGAAGAACCGGUGAACGUAAGAGAAAGUCCGUCAGAGGUUGUAUUGUUGGUCAAGAUUUAGCCGUCUUGGCUUUAUCUGUUGUCAAGCAAGGUGACUCUGAAAUUGAAGGUUUAACCGACACCACCACUGCUAAGAGAUUAGGUCCAAAGAGAGCUAACCACAUUAGAAAGUUCUUCGGUUUAACCAAGGAAGAUGACGUUAGACAAUUCGUUGUUAGACGUGAAGUUACCAAGGGUGACAAGACUUACACCAAGGCUCCAAAGAUCCAAAGAUUGGUUACCCCACAAACCUUGCAAAGAAAGAGAGCUUUGAAGGCUCAAAAGGUCAAGAACGCUCAACAACAAAGAGAUGCUGCUGCUGAAUACGCUCAAUUAUUGGCCAAGAGAUUACACGAACGUAAGGAAGAAAAGGCUGAAAUCAAGAAGAAGAGAGCUGAAUCCUUAAAGGCUUAAGUGUAACCAUACUUUGUUUUAUAGUACAUCUUUAUUCUCUUUUCAUUUUUAUAAUUUAAUAUAAAAAAUUACGGUUAAAACAUAUAUAUUACAGGGUUAGACUUAGAAUGGGGGGUGCCUGGCUAUUUACCAUUUUGAAUACGUUUUCCAGUAGUAGUAGUUGGUUCCUCACUAGUUCUUUUUCUUACCAACCGCUUAAUAUUCUCAUAGACUUGGUCAGUAGUUAUGUUGGAAGCAUAAGUGAAAUUCUUCCGUAUAUAAUUCUCUUGUUGUUGUUUAUACCUUGGAUCUCUCAAUAAUGAUUUCAAAUGAUUAUCAAACUCAGACUCGGGGAUGAGCUUACCAGUGAUUGGACAUUUGAUAUUCUGCUCUUGCGAUUUUGGGGUACUUGAUUUCUUUAAUCGGGAUGCACCAGCUGCCUUAAUCUUCAUACCUUUGAAUGGGCCAGGAACGGCAGCAUUAGGCUCUGGUUCUUCUUUAUCCAAGAUUUCUUCUUUCUCUUCCGGUACAACUUCGAUAGCAACCUUGGGCAAUUCGACUUCCCUGCUCUUGGAUUCAAGCGAGCGAGUAACCAACUCAUCUCGGGUUAAAGGUACACUCAAUUCUUGCACUUCAUCAACAGCGUCAAACUCAAUCUUGCCCACAAGAACAAAAUCCUGCCAGUCGAUCAGGGCAUAGUGAAUCUGUUGCUGUUGCUUAAGCUGUUCUUGAUUCUUCUCCUUCACUUUAUUCUGAGAUAUGUAUUGUGCUCUAUCAUAUGCUAUGGUUAAGAUUUCAAAUUUGUUCGUGUGUGAAGGUAGUGGUUGCUCCAGCUUGUACAAGUCUAUAACUUUCUUAUAUUGGGUGAUGUAUGUUUGAAAGAGCUUAUGGAGUGAAUGUGAGGUGUUAAGAAACUCAAACUGGGCUCGUUUUCCAAGUUUUGCUUCGUGUUCUAGUAAGCUAGGGAUCUUGUCUGUGCCAUUCUGGGCAAUGUAUAAUGCUGUAGUAUUGAUUAUGUCAAGGUCAUGGGUAGAUAUAGCUGGUAGGUCAACCAAGAAUGACAAGUCUCGAGGUUUAUCAACCACUAUAUCUUCAUCGGAAGUGGGAACUUCUUGCUCCUUGGGGGUUUCACAUGAUAGUUUCCACAGAUAGUAUGCGUGAUGAGGAUCUCCAUCGAGGAUGAAAUCAAACUUGUUGUCCUUGUUAUUACUCAACAAUCUCUCUUCAAAUGAUUUCCCAUUCUUUAUCACAUAUGUAACUGUUUUGUCUAUAGUUUCCUUGACGUCCUUAGGAGGAACAACGAUAUCUUUCGGUAUGCUCAUGCUGUCAAUGUCUUAGACUGCACUCUAUCUCUCUCUCGUAU